CGCUGCAGACUUGCUUUGGUUCCUCCACAUUGAUAACACCGCUUUCUCGUGCGCUCUCGGUGAUGUGGCGGAGCAGCUCGUCAGGGGACGUUUAACCCGGAGAGUGUGCGCGUUUACGCAGAGGUUUGAUUUACUGCGUGUGUUGCUGUUGUUGCUCGGCAGGGCAGCUGCGGGUUCAGCCGGAGCUGGAGCUGCUGGUUUCUUCUUUUUUGGCUUCUUGGUUGAUUCGCAGCGAACAAGGAGGAGAGAUCCGGAGCUGCUGGAGAGACUGACGGCACAAAGACUGCGCUUCUCUUCUCUUUCUCUUUAUAUUGUGGAACAUUCAUCCUCUGGUUUUUCUUUUUUUUUAAUCCACUGCGUACCUUCUCUUCUCUUCUCUGUGGGAAAUUCAAGACGAGUUGGAGAAACUGUUCGCUGCGCUGCGCGGAGUUGAGUCGGAGGAAGAUUGUUCAGGCAGAAAUACUGUGGAUUUCCAGCGUCUCUUUACGACUUUAAGUAGAACUGGUUUUCAUUAAAGCGAAGGAAGAGUGAGUGUUUGGUGCAAAGUAAUUGAUCGGACUGUCAAAACGCAGACUGAGCGAGAAACCGCUGUUUUACAACAACAGAUAAAUAUUGCUUUAGAUGUGUUGUAAACACGGAGGACACACCGAGGCUGCAUCUGUGAGGGAAUAAAAAAGCGCAAAGUGGACUCUCCUCACAACAUCUCACCACCAGAAUCCUUAAACCUGAACCAGAGGAGGGACUGUAAACCAUUUAUCUUCACCGGAGUUCCAGAGCAAAUAUGCCGCAGGUGGAAAUGAUCCUCUUCCUCAUCCUCAUCAUUGUGAUGUGUGUGUACGGCCAGGACCCGGCUUCUAAGGUGGUGUCCGACCGCUACGCCGUCUACUGGAACCGGACCAACCCCAAGUUUUACCGGGGUGAUUACCACAUCGACGUCUGCAUCAACGACUACCUUGACGUCUACUGUCCACACUACAUAGGCCCGGUUUCAGACGAGCGGGCCGAACGCUACGUCCUCUACAUGGUGAACUACGACGGCUACAGCUCCUGCGACCACACCGCGAAGGGCUUCAAACGCUGGGAGUGCAACAGGCCUCUGUCACCGAACGGACCGCUGAAGUUCUCGGAGAAGUUCCAGCUCUUUACUCCAUUCUCUUUAGGCUUCGAGUUUCGCCCUGGAAGAGAGUAUUACUAUAUCUCCUCCAUCACUGACGACAAGGGAAGAAGGAGCUGCCUUCGACUCAAAGUCUUCGUCAGGCCUCAAAACAAUUGUGUGAAAAACUCUGGGACCGUGCAGGAAGGGGUCGAUUUUGAGGACAACAGUCACAACUCUCUAGAACCCAGAGACGGCAUCGGUCACGAGUCGCCAGAGCCGGCUCGAAGGGAUGUUAACUCCACCGGUCGACGCCAGACUUCAGUCGCCCUGCUCAGCUCCGCCCUCAUACUCCUGGCUGCCAUCUUGUCUUUAUAGCGCCCAGUCUGAGGAUUCCCCCUAGGAAUGGACUGCCCUGAUUGGACCACAGGCCGCCCUACCCUGCAACCCCUCCCCUCAAGGAGCACUUUUUAAAAAAGAAAAAGAAAA